UUUUUUUAUUGAGCUCCUUAUUUAUUCCUUAAACAGCUGGGAAUUUUCUCAUUUACUUUGUGAACAAGACAAACAUCUGGAACUAAAUAUAUGCACACAUAAAGAUAUUUGGUAACAGCUGUUAGAAAAUGUCUCAAGAAAACUACCAGAUCAAAUCCAGUGCAAAAAAUCAAAAACCCUUGCAAGAUAAAGUGGCCAUUGUCACUGGGUCAACAUAUGGGAUCGGCUUUGCUAUAGCAAGACGUUUGGCACAAGAUGGGGCUCACGUGCUUUUAUGUAGUCGUAAAACUGAAAAUGUGGAUAAAGCUGUCAAACAGCUGAAAGAAGAAGGACUCAGCAUUUCUGGAAUUCCAUGUCAUGUGGGCAAUGAAAAAGAUCGUGAGAAACUAGUGGCAACGGCACUUGAUAUUUAUGGGAAAAUUGACAUCCUUGUCUGUAAUGCUGCUGUGAAUCCUUUUGUUGGUCCACUUUUUGAAACUACCGAGGAAUUGUGGAAUAAGGUUUUCCAUGUCAAUGUAAUAUCAACUUUCCUUUUGAUAAAACUUGUUGUACCUCACAUCCAGAAACAAGGGAGUGGAUCAAUAAUAAUCUGUUCUUCAUUCGCUGGAUACAUACCGCAAUCAUAUAUAGGUCCAUAUUCAAUAACGAAGACAUCGUUGCAUGGAUUAACCAAUAUGUUGGCACAAGCUUUGCGUUUCAUGAACAUCAGAGUAAAUAGCCUGGCUCUGGGUCUAAUCAAUACCAGUUUCAGCAAAGUGAUACUAAAGACUCCAGACAUAGCGUCAAAACUGAUUCCUCUUGGGGUUCACAGGAUGGGAGAACCAGAAGAGUGUGCAGGGAUUGCCUCAUUUUUAUGCUCUGAAGAUGCGUCCUACAUCAAUGGGGAAAAUAUUGGCGUCACUGGUGGCAUGCUUGGAAGGCUUUAAACCUUGUGUUUUAGGGAAAAUGAUGAAGCAAUACGAAAUGUUAACCUGUAUUUUCCUGACUAUGUAAAAAAUAAAGAACAUAUAUAUUGCAUUAUAUAAAUAAAAAUAUCAGUAAUACAUUUUGUUGAAUUUAUAUAGAUUUAGUAUAUUUCUGCAGAGAACUUGCUUGAAUCUCCAUUAUUCCAGGCCAGAUUUUUAACUUGGCUAGACUGAUGUACACAUCUCAUUGCAAUUUGAGAGGUUAGGUGUUCAUUCCUAAACAUGCAUAAAAUAUAGUCAUGCAACAGUGAUGCAUUGUUAUAAA